AUGCCGGAAUCAGUGUAUUCACAUAAAUCACUGCCCCGGACACAAGAGCUAAAUUUCGUUUUUCCUUUUUUGAAAACUAUUUCUUCAGAUGCGAUGAGUUUUUUCAUGAUGAUUGCAACUGUCGCAAUGAUGGCAGAGAUUAUACUUGGAAGCCUGGCCAAUGUCUUCAUUGUUCUGGUGAACUUUACUGGCUGCAUCAAGAGAAGCAAAAUCUCCUUAGCUGAUAGAAUUCUCACUGCUCUGGCCAUCUUCAGGUUUGCUUUGCUUUGCAUAAUAUUAAUGAAUUGGUGCUCAACUGUGUUUGAUCCAGUUUUAUUAACUGUACAAGUAAAAUCUUUUAUUUGUUAUGCCUGGGCUAUAACCAACCAUUUUAAUACCUGGCUGGCAACAAUACUCUGCAUACUAUAUUUGCUGAAGAUAGGCAAUUUCUCAAACCUUAUUUUUCUUGGCCUGAAGGAAAAAAUUAAGAGUGUCAUUGUAGUUGUACUUUUGGGGAGUUUGGCAUUUUUGUUUCCCAAUCUUCUGAUGAUGAACACAUGUGGCAAAGUCCAAGCGAAUGAUCACAGUGGCAACUUGACUGGGAAGACAAAACUGGCUUAUAUCUUAAACCGUACAGUUAUGAUGACAUUCACUCUAAACAAUGUCGUUCCCUUCACCAUAUCGAUGAUCUGUUUCCUGCUGUUAAUCUAUUCUCUGUGUAAACACCUUAAGACAAUGAAGCUUUACAGAAGAGGAUGCCACGAUCCAAGCACUAUGGCCCACAUUAAGGCUUUGCAAGCUGUGAUCUCCUUUCUGCUAUUAUUUUCCAUGUUCUUUCUGUCUCUAAUCAUAUCAGGUCACAGCUAUAUGAAGUCUCUGGAUGAGUCAGUCCACCUAAUUUGCCAGGUUAUUGGAACAUUAUAUCCUUCAAGCCAUUCCUACAUACUGAUAUGGGGAAACAGGAAGUUCAAACAGGCCUUAGUGUUGACAAUGGUGCAGGUGAAAACAAACUUCUGGCUGAAAGAACCGAAACAUUAA